AUGGAGAGGUAUCGAAUCCCCAAACUCAAAGAUAAACUUGAGGCUGGCGACAUCCUAUCGGGAAAUGAGGAUGAAGAUUCAGAUGAUGACGCAGCUGUCCUCUCAAUCCCUGUUUGGCAGAGUGACUGGCACAAAAAUCACAUGGCAGCAAUAAGCAGUGAGAGGUUUGACAGCCUCUUGAAAAUGUGCCCUGACUUCCAAGGCUGCAAGAGCCACAUGGCAGCAUUUGUCUUGAUAAGAGAAAUGUUAGACACAGCUGGUUGUCCAUGUGAGCAUUACAAGGUUGUGGCGUUGGGAGCGGGCCGUUUAAGCUGCAACAAGUGGCUUUGCUACAAUGGGACAAUGGUCCAUGACUGCCACGCCAUCGUCAUCGCCAGGCGCUCUCUUCUGAGGUUUCUGUACAAACAGCUUCUGCUGUUCUUUGAUGCGGAUCCAAAGGCUAAAGAGAACUGUAUUUUCAAGAGCAGCGCAGACAGCCACCAGCUUCAGCUCAAACCCAAGAUCAGCCUGCAUCUCUACACAAAUCAGUGUCCUGAAGGAGCAGCUAAGAACUUCUAUUUCAAGGGCUCUGCGAACAACGUGUCUAUGAAGCUGCAGUAUCAUGCCAAGAGCCGGCUGGUCCCUGUAGCCUACCUUGACCCAAGUUUCUGGGGUGCCAAAGUGUGCUGCAUGUCUGGUAGUGACAAGUUGUGUAGCUGGACUGUCACUGGGGUUCAGGGUGCAUUACUGAACCACUUCAUCCAGCCACUCUACAUCACCAGCAUGGUGCUAGGGGGCCAGAAGCUCUUAAAUGAGGGAGUGUCUGAUAUCACCAACAAGCGACUGGGUGAUGGAUGGAAAGACUUAGUGCCGCCACCCUACAAGAAACACAACAUCUUCUUUCUCUGUGGUGACCCUGUGGGGCCUGUUGUGACCUCCCCGCGGCAUGACAACCUCAGUGUCAACUGGUGCCUCGGAGACAAGGAUAUUGAAGUUCUGGACAGUACCAGUGGCUUUAUUGUUGAUGGCUCUCCAUCUGUGAGCGGUCCCGGCUUCUCUAGCAGACUUUGCAAGAGAGCCCUCUACAGUUCUUUCCGCCAAGUUGCACAGCUUGGUGGGCACAGCUAUCUGCUGGAUCUUCCCACUUACCACAGUGUCAAGGUGGAAGCCGUUGUCUACCAGACAGUCAAAGAUCUGGUCAAGCAACAGUUUUUGAGCGAACAUGCGGGUCACUGGAACUCUAAAAAGCUUGUGGACUGCUUUAGCGCGUGA